AUGCCCACAAGGAACACUUCAAAGACGAAAGUGGAUACUAAACAUGUUCAUGGAGUUAUUAUACUCGUUAUUCUCCUUCUGAUCAGACAUGUUCAUGGUGUUAUUAUACUCGUUAUUCUCCUUCUGAUCAGACAUGUUCAUGGUGUUAUUAUACUCGUUAUUCUCCUUCUGAUCAGACAUGCUCAUGGAGUUAUUAUACUCGUUAUUCUCCUUCUGAUCAGACAUGUUCAUGGAGUUAUUAUACUCGUUAUUCUCCUUCUGAUCAGACAUGUUCAUGGAGUUAUUAUACUCGUUAUUCUCCUUCUGAUCAGAGAUGUUCAUGGUGUUAUUAUACUCGUUAUUCUCCUUCUGAUCAGACAUGUUCAUGGAGUUAUUAUACUCGUUAUUCUCCUUCUGAUCAGACAUGUUCAUGGUGUUAUUAUACUCGUUAUUCUCCUUCUGAUCAGACAUGUUCAUGGAGUUAUUAUACUCAUUAUUCUCCUUCUGAUCAGACAUGUUCAUGGAGUUAUUAUGCUCGUUAUUCUCCUUCUGAUCAGACAUGUUCAUGGAGUUAUUAUACUCGUUAUUCUCCUUCUGAUCAGACAUGUUCAUGGUGUUAUUAUACUCGUUAUUCUCCUUCUGAUCAGACAUGUUCAUGUUGUUAUUAUACUCGUUAUUCUCCUUCUGAUCAGACAUGUUCAUGGUGUUAUUAUACUCGUUAUUCUCCUUCUGAUCAGACAUGUUCAUGGAGUUAUUAUACUCGUUAUUCUCCUUCUGAUCAGACAUGAUCAUGGAGUUAUUAUACUCGUUAUUCUCCUUCUGAUCAGACAUGAUCAUGGAGUUAUUAUACUUGUUAUUCUCCUUCUGAUCAGACAUGUUCAUGGAGUUAUUAUACUCGUUAUUCUCCUUCUGAUCAGAGAUGUUCAUGGUGUUAUUAUACUCGUUAUUCUCUUUCUGAUCAGACAUGUUCAUGGAGUUAUUAUACUCGUUAUUCUCCUUCUGAUCAGACAUGUUCAUGGUGUUAUUAUACUCGUUAUUCUCCUUCUGAUCAGACAUGUUCAUGGAGUUAUUAUACUCAUUAUUCUCCUUCUGAUCAGACAUGUUCAUGGUGUUAUUAUACUCGUUAUUCUCCUUCUGAUCAGACAUGUUCAUGGAGUUAUUAUACUCGUUAUUCUCCUUCUGAUCAGACAUGUUCAUGGUGUUAUUAUACUCGUUAUUCUCCUUCUGAUCAGACAUGUUCAUGGUGUUAUUAUACUCGUUAUUCUCCUUCUGAUCAGACAUGUUCAUGGAGUUAUUAUGCUCGUUAUUCUCCUUCUGAUCAGACAUGUUCAUGGAGUUAUUAUGCUCGUUAUUCUCCUUCUGAUCAGACAUGUUCAUGGAGUUAUUAUACUCGUUAUUUUCCUUCUGAUCAGACAUGUUCAUGGUGUUAUUAUACUCGUUAUUCUCCUUCUGAUCAGAGAUGUUCAUGGUGUUAUUAUACUCGUUAUUCUCCUUCUGAUCAGACAUGUUCAUGGUGUUAUUAUACUCGUUAUUCUCCUUCUGAUCAGACAUGUUCAUGGUGUUAUUAUACUCGUUAUUCUCCUUCUGAUCAGACAUGUUCAUGGUGUUAUUAUACUCGUUAUUCUCUUUCUGAUCAGACAUGUUCAUGGUGUUAUUAUCCUCGUUAUUCUCCUUCUGAUCAGACAUGUUCAUUGUGUUAUUAUACUCGUUAUUCUCCUUCUGAUCAGACAUGUUCAUGGAGUUAUUAUACUCGUUAUUCUCCUUCUGAUCAGACAUGUUCAUGGUGUUAUUAUACUCGUUAUUCUCCUUCUGAUCAGACAUGUUCAUGGAGUUAUUAUACUCAUUAUUCUCCUUCUGAUCAGACAUGUUCAUGGAGUUAUUAUGCUCGUUAUUCUCCUUCUGAUCAGACAUGUUCAUGGAGUUAUUAUACUCGUUAUUCUCCUUCUGAUCAGACAUGUUCAUGGUGUUAUUAUACUCGUUAUUCUCCUUCUGAUCAGACAUGUUCAUGUUGUUAUUAUACUCGUUAUUCUCCUUCUGAUCAGACAUGUUCAUGGUGUUAUUAUACUCGUUAUUCUCCUUCUGAUCAGACAUGUUCAUGGUGUUAUUAUACUCGUUAUUCUCCUUCUGAUCAGACAUGUUCAUGGAGUUAUUAUACUUGUUAUUCUCCUCUUGAUCAGGUGUGUUCAUGGAGUUAUUAUACUUGUUAUUCUCUUUCUGAUCAGACAUGUUCAUGGUUUAUCUAUCUAUCUAUCUAUAUAUAUCUAUAUCUAUAUCUAUAUCUAUAUCUAUAUAUCUAUCUAUCUAUCUAUAUAUAUAUAUAUAUAUAUAUCAUUCAUUCAUGUUUUUCUCUUUAUCUAUCUAUCUCUCUCUGUAUACAUAUAUAUAUAUAUAUAUAUAUGUGUGUGUGUGUGUGUUCAUAUCUAUCUAUCUAUCUAUCUAUCUAUCUAUCUAUCUAUCUAUCUCUGUUCAUAUAAAUCUAUUCCUCUCUCACUUUUUAUUCAUAUUUAUUUAUCCUCCUCUCAGUUUGUUCAUCUAUCUAUCUAUCUAUCUAUCUAUCUAUCUAUCUAUCUAUCUAUCUAUCACUCUUCAUAUCUAUUUCUAUCUUUCAGGAUUUUCAUAUUUAUUUAUCUUCAUCUAAUUUAUUUGUUCAUCUAUCUAUCUAUCUAUCUAUCUAUCUAUCUAUCUAUCUAUCUAUCUAUCUCAGUCUGUUCUUUAUCUAUCUAUCUAUCUAUCUAUCUAUCUAUCUAUCUAUCUAUCUAUCUAUCUAUCUCAGUCUGUUCUUUAUCUAUCUAUCUAUCUAUCUAUCUAUCUAUCUAUCUAUCUAUCUAA